UAAUGUGUUCAUAGUUCAUACCUAAGAUUCGUAUGCCAACGCUUUUAUUCGUUUACACAAAAAUCGUACAAUCGACUGAAAUUGUUUAAAUUUAUUACUUGAAAAAAUCUAUUUAAAUCUUUUAUUUUUAGUCAAGUUUGACAAGCUUGUAUUUCUAUUUAUUAAAUAGAAAAAAUUUGAUAAAAAUGUCGAUUGGAGUUCCAAUAAAAGUGCUUCACGAAGCCGAGGGCCACAUCAUAACCUGUGAAACGAAUACCGGCGAGGUUUACCGCGGAAUAUUGAUUGAAGCUGAAGACAAUAUGAAUUGUCAAAUGCAAAAUAUUACUGUAACUUACAGAGAUGGUAGAGUUGCUCAAUUAGAAAAUGUUUACAUUCGUGGCUCCAAAAUAAGAUUUCUCAUACUGCCGGACAUGUUGAAGAAUGCGCCAAUGUUUAAGAGACCUGGUGGAAAAGGAUCUGGUACAGCAGGUCGUGGAAAAUCUGCGAUUCUUCGAGCUCAAGCUAGAGGAAGAGGCCGAGGACAAAAUCAAAGAGGCCGAGGUACUGGUUCUGCACCGUGGCUCAAUCAACAAACUCAACCAAGUGGUUCUCAAGCUGGUAGAGGAAGAGGAUAAUUUAAUAUAUUUAAUUACUGUAUACUUAUUCGAUCACUUUCCGUAUCAUUAAUUUUUGCAAAAACUGUUUUUCAAUUCUUACCCAAUUAGAUUGUAUUUCAAAUUAUGAAUAAUAAUUGAUAAGUUUCAUAAUA